AUGCUACACUCAAGCAGAGAUGCCAGUAGCUCCGGAAAUCUUACCAGCGUUUCUGUUAUAGACAUAUUACUAAGGGGAAACUUCUCAGAAUGUGGAAAAACUGAACAAAAUAAGAGGUGUAGAUUUAACGUGACGGAAUCUGGAGGUCACGAAGAAGCUGAAUCACCAAAGUAUAAAAAUCACUCACACACUACAGAUGAUGCCGUAAAUGACUUUUCAUAUAAUGAAACAAGGACGCCAACAACUAGAUUGGAUCAACUUCCUAUAUUAUUGGCUAGGAAUUACUUCACAGCUCCGGCCUGCUUGUUAGAAUUCAUAAAUACCACUUCAACCAUACAUCACGGAACUAUAUCUAAUCGUGACUCUGACGGAACCAUUAUCGGCUAUGAGGAUGAUCAGUUUGAAAGCUACAAUGUGGAUACUAAUGAUGAACUCUGUGAUAUAGAACACUUGGAUUCUACUUCUUCGGAAGUUUUAAGUAACACCUUGACGCGUAGAACAUCGCUGGCUAGUAAUGAAACAGUUGCUGAGUCGUUUAGCAAAAACUUUGUCUAUUUUGAUGCAAACCCUAUAGACAACUUGCAACAAAAUGCCACAAGUCCAUCAAAUUUUACAGAUUGUGAACCUGAAUGUGAUUCUACCGGUAGAAGCGAUUCAGUUAAUGUCACCAAAAUCUCUAUAGAUAAAGGUACUAGCCCCCUUGUCAUUCAUGAAAAUGUACAAACUCUGGAUCCUCGGAAUAUAGGCGCAUCACAUGUCAAAGAUAUCAUCAUUGAUGCAGAAAGUCCUCGCACUUUGGAUUCUCCCGCUAAAAAUUCAAACUGUCAAAAAAAACGAGCCAUUGAUGAAGAGACAGAUGUGGAAUCCGAAAGUUGCACAAAGGACCCAGAUACAAGCCUGUCUAGAGAAACGAAAAAUGAGAUGCCCGUCUAUUGCAGAAGUUUGCUUUAUAGAAUACGUGUGCCUCUAUCAAAAAGGCUUAAAAAUGGACCUGAGGAAUAUUUAUCAAAUUCGGAUUUAUACAGUCUGUCAAUUUCUAGGACAAAUUUAAGUUGUGAUCGCCUAUUCAACUCCUCUAAACGAUCAUCUGAAUCAGCAUAUUCGGUAUUAAGACUCAGCGAUUUGGCGGAUGAUGUAACAUACUCAGACUCUCCAGGUACUCAGACAUUUUUUAAAAGUAACCGAAUAAUUGAAAAUGACGGCACUUACAAGAACAAUCUGGACGUUUUAUGCAGUGAGCACACAGAUAGAAAGAAUAUGAGUCUAUAUGUGGGAGGAAGAUAUUUAAAACCUGGAAAGCUCACUUUGCUAGAUGGAGAAGGAAAUAAUCCAAAUAUAUAAAGACAUCGCAAAUUCAAAUUUUCUUUCGUAUUGGAGUAUUGAAGAUAUUCCCUGCUGUAUUAUGCAAAACCAUUUGGAAAUUCACCAAACUAACUCUCCAGAAUGGCUUUUACCUAAUAAUAAUGUCAUGAC